GACUUCAUGGCCCUUUGGCCCCUUUUGCUCCAUGUACAAGAACCAGAUGGUAGGCAAAGCAGAAGCGAUUACACCACCACCUAGGACAGCAAGAAACAGGGGAAUGGUGCUGUAGCUGCGGGGGGCAGCAGAGAGCAAUGGCGGGGGGAUGCGGCAUCGCCGGCGAAGGAACGCUCGCGCGGUGGCGGAGGGCGGCGGCCAAGCGGAUCGGCUUCUCCUGCGCCUCCUUCUUCUCCUCCCACGCCGCAUCUCCCUCCCCGCCGCCUCCCAAGACUAUCUCCUGCUCAGCAGUGAAUGCUCCAGCAGACAGGAGUGAUGGAGAACAGGAAAAGCUGGAGGAGCCGACCAGCACUAGAAUGGCUGACAAGAACCUGUGUGCAAUAUGUUUGGAGAGCCUCAGCAUCAGCAGCAGUGACAUUGACAACAGCGACAGGCCAGCGAUCUUCACAGCCCAAUGCUCCCACUCUUUCCACUUCCUGUGCAUCGCCUCCAACAUCCGGCACGGCAAUGUCACAUGCCCUAUCUGCCGUGCGCAGUGGUCUCAGCUGCCACGUGACAUGAAGGUGCCACCGCUGCUGCACAACCAGUCUGAUCCGAUCCUCCGCAUCCUCGACGACAACAUCGCGACGUCCCGUGUCAACAGAAGGUCCUCCAUCCGUGCCACCCGCUACAACGAUGAUGACCCCGUCGAGCCUUACACUCUGACGGAGCAUGUCGACCCGUGCCUGCGCUUCGCCCUGAUCCCGUCGCCAGUGGCAGCAGCUCACCACCAUGCUCUCGGACACUACCCUUGUGGACGCAUGAUGCCAUUACAACAGCACUGCCAGUACAGCAGCUCCUCCAUGCUUUCGCCAUCGCAGAUGGCUUCACCAAGCGCGCAGAGGCGUGCUUACCUCUCAGUCAGUCUAGCUCCACAGCCAGCCAUGGACCUCGUCUUGGUUGCCAGCCCCAACGGCCCACACCUAAGGCUCCUGAAGCAGGCAGUGGCACUUGUCGUCUUCUCCAUGCGCGCCAUCGACCGGUUAGCCAUCGUCACAAAUGCUACCACCGCAACCCGCGCAUUCCCCUUGCGCCGAAUGUCGUCCCACGGCAAACGGAUGGCGCUACAGGUCAUCGAGCACCUCUGCUCCGUCGGUGGAAAUGAUCCAGUAGGGGCCUUGCAGAAGGGUCUGAAGAUACUCGAGGACCGGGCGCACCAGAACCCUAGCAAAUGCAUCCUUCACCUCUCCGACCAUCCGAUCCGCAGCUAUGUUGGGGUGGACAUGAACCGUUCGAGCAUCCCGGUCCACCAGUUCCACGUCGGGCUCGGCUUCGGGGUGCAGAACAGCUUCGUGAUGCAUGAGUUCGAGGAGCUCCUGGCGCGGCUGCUCGGCGGCGUGAUAGGGGACACCCAGCUGAGGAUAGGUGAGCAUGGUGGGGUGGUGAGGCUUGGUGAGCUGAGGGGUGGCGAGGAGAGGAGGAUCCCGCUUGACCUGGUGGCGGACUGUGGCUUCAUUCUGGUCGGUUAUAGCUACCUGGAGGGUGGAAGGGAGGAUCAGCCGAGGAACGGCGAGGCCGCGGUCGGGUUUGAGGAGAAAGGUGGCGACAACAGGUGCUGCGGGAUAAGGGACAUGGGUCCGAGCAUCGGCGGCGGUGAGAGGAGGAGCAGCUGCUGCGCCGAGAGCUGGGACCAUCUUGACCCAUUCAUGGCGCGGCGGUGGGCUAAGCAUUUCAGCGUGUACAGAUCCUGAGUUGUUGAAGAGAUGUGGAGCGUCUUGGUGAUGAUCGGAUGAAGAAGUCUGGUUGCCAGUUUGACAGGAUAUGAUUCUUGGUUGGUUCUUUUGUUUUUUACAUUCCUGCGAGAGUCUCAGGGCAGUGUUCGUUAUUCUUUUCUUGGCUUUUGUUGUGGAUCUGAGUCCCAUGUUAUUUGGAUGUGUGCAGAGGGUUAUCUUUCGUUUUCAGCCAGUGUGUUUGUGUGUAUCAGAUCAAAUAGAAGGCUCCAGAACGUAAGAUUAUGAAUGUCAUGAAGUGACGUGCCAUUCAUUCUUCAGAAGCAAUGCAAUGUCUCUUUGUUGUUGUUGUA